AUGAAGAUGACCUCUACAGCUUGCAAGACCACUCCUGCUAUUGUUCUAGAAGGCUACAAGCCUCGAGGUGUUUACGAGACAGUUUCUGGCUUGAAUACCUAUGUAACCGGGCCGAAGAAUGCAACUUCAGGAAUUGUGGAUAUAUAUGACGUUUUCGGCUUCAGUUCGCAGACUCUUCAAGGUGCAGAUAUCCUUGCCGCGCGCACAAAUUCGAUAGUGAUAAUUCCCGACUUUUUCAACGGCGAAAGUGUCAGCCACGAUUGGCUCCCAGCUGACAGUGAAGAGAAGAAGACGCUACUCACCAAAUUUCUGAGUGAAAAAGCAGCUUAUCCCCAGAAUGUCGGCUUGUUAUUGGGAGUAGCUGAAGAUUGCAAGAAGAGGUUCCCUUGUGCAAAGAAGUGGGCGGCAUUCGGGUUAUGCUGGGGAGGAAAGGUUGCAGUCCUUGCCUCGGGGUCAGAUUCGCCUUUUGUGGCUUCUGGGCAGACCCAUCCAGGUAGCAUAGAUAAAGCAGAUGCACAGAAGCUGACAAUCCCGCACAUCGUACUAGCCUCCAAAGAUGAGCCGGCGGAAGUUAUCUUGGCUUAUAAGGAAAUUCUCGAGGCAAGUGGAAAAGACGGACUUGUCGAGACGUAUUCCAGUAUGUGGCACGGGUGGAUGGGUGCGAGGGCAAAUCUGACGGAAGAUGAUGGUCGAAAGCAGUAUAUGCGUGGGUAA